CACGCAAAGUCUGCCACCCGUAAGCGAAAUACAAAAAUAUGUUAGGGCUUAUUCCCGAUGGGUUACUGUUCUGUUCUACUAAGCUGUCGAGCAGGGGUUGUGGAGUGAAUGACGCGUGACGGUGUGUAACAUUUUAUUACACACAGAUAAAAAUACUCAGUGACAUUCCGCAAAGAAUACGUGCAAAGCCAGUGAAUUAUGUAUGCUCUAUAGCUAUCAUUUUGCCAUAUACCAAGCGGUUAACAUACAAAUACAGGUGCACGGGUUCAAACUGAUUUCAGAUCAACUACGUACUCGACACUGAUCAGAUGGACUUUUCUUCAACCGAAAAGAUACUGUGCUUUGGGCAGAUUUGAAGGUGAAACAACCGACAUCUUUGCAAGUAAUCGGUAUAAUUAGUUAGUGUCUGAAGAGAAAGUGGAACGCCAGCACAUUAAAAACACAGGGACAUGAUGUAGUGAACAUUGAAAAUUGUGGCUUUUAUAGACAGAUGAAAAACGACCAUGGAGGCUACGGAGAUGCAAAAUCGGGAGGACUCAUAUGGAUUGAGGCAGCCAGGAGAAGAAAAAUUAAAUAUACCGAAUGGCCGUGAUUCGGUAAAUAACUUGAACGGGAUAUUUAACAAGGAGCAUGAAAACUUAAUCAAUCAACCGCAGCAUGCAGUAUCCCUAGAAGUUGCUCUCCGUCUUCGGUUCUGGGCUUUAGUUGUGUCUUGGACGUCGGUUAUAGUCACUACCGCGCUCUCCGUGCUAGCAUUUGUGGUUUCCGCACUGGAAAAGAGUCCAGCGUUAUUUGCUUUUGGGCUAAGUUGUAUCCUUGAUUCUCUGAGCUCAUUAGUGGUGAUAUGGAGGUUUCAGUUUGGAGAGGGACGUCUUUAUUCCACAAGCAGAGAAAAAAGAGCAUGUUUUGUUCUGGGAGUGUUAUUUACAAUAUCUGCCAGCAGUAUUGUCUCAAAAGCUAUUCAUGCAAUAGUAGUGGAACUGCGACCAGGAGAGGAUAACAGCAUUUUGUGGAAUAUAGCCAUUGCAAAUGGAGUGAUCUGCUCAUCGUUAUCCGUAGCAAAGUUUGCCAUGGGUCUAAAGCUGGAGAGUAGAGCCCUGAUUACCGAUGCUUACAACUCCCUGGUAGGAGCCCUAAUGUCGUUUGCCAUACUGGCCAGUGCUUUAGCAUAUAGAGACAACCACGCGGUGUGGUAUUUAGACUCAGUGGUGGGGUUGAUAUGUGCGGUGCUUUUACUAGGAUACGCUAUAAAACUUUUCUGUCACAUAUACCACGACAGAAGUUCUACUCCGCCCAGUGACUGAGUGAAGAGCGAGUCCAGUCAGGGGGAAAAUACCCGCUAUUUACCUCUUUUUUAUUAUCAUCUAUGUUAAACAGAGGAUCACGUCCAAAUUCUACACGUGAUAGAUCAGGGAAUGAUGAUUUUCAAAACUCAGUUGUUACAAAUUCCAGUGCAGCAAAUAAAGCCCGUGACAUACGUGCAUGAAAUCCACGUUCCAUUACAGCUUCCUGUGGAUUCGGAACACAAACUACCAGAGACGCACGGGGUAUAAACUGAUACAGCAUUUGUGAUAGUUGUAAAUAAUGUUAAUCGUUAAUGUAUUAUUUGUUAAAAGGUACCGGAUACGUGUGCAAUAAUGACUCGAACGCAUAAAGAUUCUGUUUCGUUAAAAUAUGAGACGAAGGACUGUUAUAUAAAAAUACAUGUAUAAAGCAUGGGAUAUAAACAGUAAAAGGGGGUCAGAGGGAAAAAGGGGUUGCAGUUUUUUUUCAACUCCUUUAUUUCAACAUCUUUGCAUGCAAAUAAAAAUGUAAACGAAGAGAGAAAAUUAUCGUAAAAGAAGUCUGGAGCUGUAUUCUUCAGAACUGUAGUCUUUUAAACCAAGGUUUUUAAUGCAUUAGUAUUACCAGGGAAUUAUAUCGGAUAUAAUUCCCUGGUAUAACGAAACAAUCUUACAUCGUUUUACUAUUAUGUCGAUUUAUGAAAUAUAAGUUAUUACAGAAUAA